AUGAUGAAAGACACAUGUGCUAUAUGUACUACAAAGGCAGGCAUUUUAAAAUGUCAAGGAUGCCAAGUCAUAUUUUGUAGCAAUGAUUAUAAUUUACAUCGAACUGAACUUGAUCAACAGCUUGAUGAAUUUGUGAAUGAAUUGAAUACAUUUCAAGGCAUGUCAAGUGAAGCAAGUACCGGCCUAAAAUCACUUCUGAUUGAUAAAAUUGAUACUUGUGAAAUGAAAUCAAUUCAAAAGAUAAAAGAAACAGCGGAAGAAGCACGUCGGUAA